AUGCACACGUUGGGCCAAAAAGUUCUCUUCCCUAUUGAUAGCACUGAAGGUUGUGAGAAAGGAUUCCGGUGGUACAUUAAAAACUAUUAUCAGAAAGGAGAUGAAAUAAUUUUGGCUUAUAUCCUCUCACCAAGCUUCACGAAAGGAAUUCAUGCCCUUGACGGCGAUGGACAUUCAAAAGGACUGAAUGAUGAUGUGAUUGCAGCAUGCCGAACAGGUGCCGUGGAGGCUCGGCAUACCUUUGAAGGAUAUACACAACUCUGCAAUGAAAAAGGCAUUGAUCAUCGAACUACGAUCCUCUAUGGCACCAAAAUUGGUAGGACUAUUGUUCGAGCCAUUCAGGAGAACAUGGUAGAUUCUGUGGUGCUUGGUUUCCAUAGUAUGGGGAGAGUGAAACGAGCCUUCCUCGGUAGCUCUAGUGGCUAUGUUGUGAAGAGAUCUUCAGUUCCUGUGGUCAUCGUUCCUCCUAUCAAUGAAGCUACAACUUAA